AUGACAUCUCUAGAGCUCGCGCAGUCCAACUACGAGCAGGCAUUCAUGCUGCUAGACGAGGACCAGCGUCGAGCUACGGUUGCGGAUAUUGAGGGCCCUUGCCUCGUCGUGGCAGGACCUGGAUCAGGGAAGACUCGUGUCCUGACACUGCGCAUAGCGAUGAUGAUCGUCAAGCAUAAGAUACCGCCUCAUUCCAUCCUUGCGUUGACGUUCACCAGGAAGGCAUGUCAGGAGAUGCAGGACAGGGUAGCGAAAUUGUGCCAUGGUCGAGAUUGCGGUCUGCUGAUACAGACGUUCCAUUCUUAUUGCCUGGCAUGCGUGAAAGAAUUCCAUGCUGAGCUCGGGUUUCGUUUCGAGCCCAUGGUCCUGGACUCCUCAGCUCAGAUCGAUCUUGUGAAAGAAUGUUUCGGCAAGCUGAAUAGCUUCCAAGCUCAGCAGAUCAAGACAUGGCGAGCAGACAACCGGAUCGAUUCAGACUAUGGCGAUGAAGAGCUCAAUCAGGUGGUGAAUGCUGGGCCGUCCAACCAGGACAAGGGCACCCACCAGGCAGCGCUCUACUUUGUUGAAUGGAUGAGAAGGACAAAGUCGUCAGGAAGCGUACCGAAGCCGCAGUUUGCACUGGAGUCAGAAGUUUUUGGUCACUAUGAGAGAGAGAAGAAAAGAAGAAACUGUGUUGACUUUGAUGAUCUGAUUCCGCUUGCGACCAGUCUGCUGGACGCUGAGCGAACGCGAAAAAUCAUCCAGGCAAAGUCGAGAUACGUAUUGAUAGACGAAUUUCAAGAUGUUUCUCACAAUCAGAUUCAACUUGUCAAAGUUUUGAUGCAAGGGAAGCCAUCGAGCAUCACUGCCUUCGGAGAUCCGAACCAGUCGAUUUACAACUUUCUCCAUGGCACUGAAUAUGGCAUUAAGCCUUUCACCACCAACGAUAUUGGCGACAGAAUUGUGAUCACGAGCCAUACAACUGAAGAAAAGGAAAUCACCUGGGUGACCAAUGAAAUAGAAUACUGGAGACGUGCCGGAGUUCCACUUUCACAGAUGGCAAUCUUGUACCGUUUGAGAUCGAUCGGCAAGUUAUUCGAGAAUGCACUCAAGAAGAGGAAUAUUCCGGUGGUCAAUGUCUCACCUGACGAUGAGAAUGUCUAUCGAAAGGCGCUGUCGAUGGACCUGCUUGCGUACCUCAAAGCUGCUCUCUUUGAAAAUGACGAUGCGAUGCGAAGGAUUAUCAACAAGCCAAAACGAGGCCUCGGUGAAUCAGCUGUCGGCAAGAUCAUCGCAACUGCACAGAGACAUAAAUGUAAGUUUUUGCAGGCGUGUAGAAUUCUCUGUAACAGCAACUACGAUUCGCUUCCGCAAAAACAAACGAAGGGCCUUUCUGACUUUUUGCACGUGAUCCAAUCAAUCCAAGAGGAUAUCAAAAAUGAGACAGAAAGCAUUGUGCUUGAAAACUUGCAGCGACACAUCUUUGGACGUCCAUCAAAGCAUGAUAGUGAGCUUGGAAAAAUCAUCAAACACAUGCAAAAAGAUGUUCUGCUGGAGUCAGAUGAUUUUGGACUGGGUUCCAAAAGUCGAACUUCGGCUGGCAACACAACUUCGUCCAAGCUUGCUUCCUUCGUCUACAUGGUCAGUAAUUCGCAAAUCAAAGCUGCGAGGCAGAAAGAAGUCGUAACUCUCACAACCAUACAUCAAUCCAAAGGUCUUGAGUUCUCUCACGUAUGGUUGGUGAGGUUUUCAGACAGUAUUUGCCCACUGAUACAGCGAAUCGAUGAUGAUAAUCAUGAUGAUGAUAUCGACAAGGAAACUCAAUGGCGAACUAUGUCACUAGAAGAGGAACGACGGCUUGCGUUUGUCGCGUUUUCACGAGCAAAGAGCAUGCUUCAAGUUUCCUGGGUAUCGACGGACUCUGAAACCGGCCUCAGCCAAGAGCCCUCCAGAUAUCUUCAAGAGAUUCCAGAAUCUUACAAACAAGGCGGAAGGGAAAUGAUAUCAGCCAGGAAUGGAGCAAAGCCUCUUCCCAUUCGAGUUGCCCCUCUGCCUGAUGAUUCAAAGUGCUCGAGCUCUUCAGAUGCGAGAUGCGCGACCUCGUCGAGCUCAGUGCCAAACUCCUUUCCCAUCAAGUCAGAGCCAUCCAUCAGAUCAGAUAUUCCCAUCCAAUCAGAGGCUCCAACGUCUUGUCCGAGCUCGAUGACAAAUGGUAAGACCCCUCAUGCCGCACAGGAGAAAGCAGGCAACUGGAGUUGGCGACCAGACGACUUGCCAUCUCGACGAUGGUCGGGAGGGUCCAUGUCAGAUUCUUCGUCAACCCUGUUGGAUGACCUUGACCCUGGUGAUCCUGACUGCGCGACUUCAUGCCGGGCGGGGACAAGGAACUUCAACUUCAGCCAUGAGAAUCAGCUGGAUGAAGUGUCAGUAGCAUCUCCUUCGGAUUGGAGAAACUCUUCCUCGGCCAACUUGCCGCCUGCAUAUGCCCGGCAAGGGUUGAGAGAACUUCAAGUGUCGACUCCUCCUACUGUUAGGCUCAAGGAGAGUCACACCGUUCAGCGAGCGAUUGACUCGAUCCCGUCCCUGUUUGGCAAGCGAAGAGAUCCAGAGCCUUGCGCUGACUCUCCCAGAGACGCAGAUCGUUCAAACCCUUCGUCUGGCUCACGUCGAAAGAAGUUGCUUGGCUUUAGGUCGUUGGGGCAGGGGCUGCGGAUGAGGCUGUUUGAAGUCUUCUAG